AUGGCCGAUUCAGGAUUACCUUCAGGUUGGGAAGUUCGCCAUUCCAACUCCAAGAACCUUCCCUACUAUUUCUGCGCCGCUACCAAAGAAUCUCGCUGGGAACCUCCUGCCGAGACUGAUACCGAAAAAUUGAAGCUCUACAUGGCUCAACACCACACCGCCGCCGCCCGCGCUGAUGUCUCAGGACAAGGUGAGGGCAAGAUCCGCUGCAGCCACUUGCUCGUUAAGCACCGCGACAGCCGACGUCCCAGCAGCUGGAGGGAAGCAGAUAUUACACGGUCCAAGGAGGAGGCUAUUGAAAUUCUCAAGGGCCAUGAAGCUCGUAUUCAAUCUGGGGAAGUUACCCUGGGAGACCUUGCCAUCUCCGAGUCGGACUGCAGCAGCGCCCGGAAGAAGGGUGACCUUGGUUUCUUCGGUCCCGGUGAAAUGCAGAAGGAGUUUGAAGAUGCCGCUUUUGCGCUGCAACCUGGUCAAGUCAGCGGCAUCACCGAGACUGCCUCGGGUGUUCAUCUAAUUCAACGGUAUAUAUCAACAAGAUUCCUUUGCAGAGGCCUUGCUAACUUGCAUUAA